GAUCGUAGUUGAAAAUUUAGAAAUUAUUGUAAAAUUUUCAAUUUUACCAAUAAUUUGCGACCUCCGGUCGGGGGUUGAGGAAAUAUUAGGGGGGGGCAAACGGAGCAUGAUUCUGUUGAGCGAACAUGAAGAACACUGGCAUUAACACUCUCGGCGGCGAAGAUCGACAAACAAAAGACAAUACGAUCUCAGGUCUCGAUUCCCGAUUCAAUCAGACCCUCAGAAAUGUUCAGGGGCUGCUGAAAGGCCGCAGUAUUCCUGGAAAAGUAUUGCUCACUAGAAGAUCAGACGUGAUCGACCCCUCGAGCGUAUCAGAAAAAUCAUCAAAUUAUUCGAGGAGCUUGUCGCAUAAUGAUAUUGGUACAAGCAACCGCAUUGCCAAAUCUGAGGAGGAAGAUAUUCAGAUUAUGAAUAAUAAUACAAUUGUUAGUAAGUCUAAAUCUUCAACCUCCAACACCGAGGAUCUUGCUAAAGAAGUCCAAAAGCCAAUAAUGGGUGCUAGAGCAACAGAUUCUGCAAGGGUCCUGAAGUUCACAAAGUUGCUAUCAGGAACAACAAUCAUAUCAGACAAGUUGCGUGAGCUAGCUUGGAGUGGUGUUCCGCCAUAUAUGCGCCCAAAUAUAUGGAGACUUCUUUUGGGCUAUGCACCACCUAAUUCAGAUAGAAAGGAGGGAGUUCUACGAAGAAAGAGGCUUGAAUAUCUUGACAGCGUUGCACAAUUCUAUGACAUUCCUGAUGCUGAACGGUCUGACGAUGAGAUAAACAUGCUCCGCCAGAUUGCUGUUGAUUGCCCUAGAACCGUACCUGAUGUUACUUUCUUUCAACAAGCACAAGUUCAGAAAUCUUUGGAGCGUAUUCUCUAUACUUGGGCUAUUCGACAUCCUGCGAGCGGAUAUGUUCAAGGAAUAAAUGAUCUUGCUACUCCAUUUUUAGUUGUCUUCUUGUCAGAAUACUUAGAAGGUGGUGUUGAGAAAUGGUCCAUCUCUGAUCUAUCUCCUGACAAGAUCACAAACAUCGAGGCAGAUUGCUACUGGUGUCUAUCGAAAUUACUUGAUGGUAUGCAAGAUCAUUAUACGUUUGCCCAACCGGGAAUUCAGCGGCUUGUAUUUAAGUUGAAAGAACUGGUUAGGAGGAUUGAUGAACCUGUUUCAAGACACAUGGAGGAGCAGGGUCUGGAGUUUCUUCAAUUCGCUUUUCGGUGGUUCAACUGUCUUCUGAUACGGGAGAUUCCUUUCCAUCUUGUUACCCGGUUAUGGGAUACUUAUCUUGCGGAAGGGGACUCGUUGCCAGAUUUCCUUGUCUACAUAUUUGCCAGUUUUCUUUUGACGUGGUCUGAAGAGCUGCAGAAACUUGAUUUCCAAGAACUGGUGAUGUUUCUCCAGCAUGUUCCAACUCAAAAUUGGACCCAUCAAGAACUUGAGAUGGUGCUUUCAAGAGCAUACAUAUGGCACAGUAUGUUCAACAAUUCACCCAGACACCUUGUUAGCUGAAUGGGAUUUGUUCUACUCACGCUUGGAAAGUUGACCUAUUUUUCCCUCCUUUUCUCUUCUUUCUCCAAUGGGGUUUCUGCUCUGCUGCUCUGCUGCUCUGCUUGUGUAUGAAAACUCUUCAAAUCUUCUGCCAUGCAUGUACCAUCAUCCCUCCCUUGUAUCGUCUGUAUUUCCCCAGCAAUUAUUUGUAGAUUUCUGUAUUUGGACAGAGCGAAGUAAAGUUAAACGUUUUUGUUCAGAUAUAAAUGAAAUUCUCUGUCAAAGAGUAGAUGGUUGACUCAUCUUCA